CGGGAGCUUUCAGUUGCGGUUCGGAGUUUGCAUUGGUCAGAAGAACAUUUUGAUUUUGCUGGAAGUAAUUAAGGGCUCUACGUGCCUGUUUAUCAAGUACCACGCUAUCUAUAAUGGACUACAAACGAGUUGACUCGCCGCCGGCCUAUUCGGAUGACUUUGCCACGGCUCCUCCGACUGAAAUGGACUUGAACCAGUACCAGGCGUCGCCAAAUCAGAUUUACCCGCAGGUACAGCAGUUACCCCAGACAACGCCGAUGUCACCACCACCCUCGGUGAACGUUGUGCACCACCAGACCACGGUUUUGGUGGACACCCCCGGACAGGGAAUGAUUUGUCCCCAUUGCAACGCCCGGAUUCGCGUCCGAGUAGAUCACCAUCCUACUGGAAAAACUUACUGCCUGGCGGCGAUCCUCUGCCUUUUCCUUUGCUGGCCCUGCGUCUGCGCCCCUUGCUGCUGCAACUGCUGCUACAAGACCUCCCAAUUCUGCCCCAACUGCAACGCCUGCUUGGGAUCAUUUUGAAGACGCCAGCGAAAACGAAAGCACUCGCCGAUUUCAUAUCUACACAUUCGUAUUCUUCAUUCUCGAAUAACCAAGUAUAUAUGUAUGUAUGUCCUCAUAAAGUGGCGCAUUUAUAAUAUAAACACUUACCAUACUUAAGUUAUUUAAUCGACUCUGCUUACAGUAUGCGAAACUGUAAGCGAGAAAAGAUAAUCAAAUAAAGCAUUGACAGGCGAAGCAUUUUCUGGGAUUCCCAUUAA